UUCUGCAAUUUUUCAAGACUUGUGCAAAAACAAAUAUAACAUCCAGUCAUCCACCACUCUAGUUGUACUAUUUUUUUACUUUUACCUCUAUAAAUACAAUGUAUUCAACUUUCAAGGAAGAACUGAAACCAAACAUGAUUUUUUUGUUAUGAUGCUUACGGCUCUUGAGCUCCUCCGUUUUAAUUUCUUUUCAUCUUUGAACAAUAUGGCGAAUGUGAUGUUCGCCAAGAUCGUCUAUAAGCUGUCUUUUUUAAUCAUGUUUCUAAGAAUCACUUUUUCAAUAGACACACUUCUCCCGAACCAAACAAUUGGCACUGGGCAGACUUUGGUUAGUGAAAACCAAAUUUUCGAGUUGCAUUUUUUCAGCCCUGGAAAAUCAAGAAAUGUGUUCUUGGGAAUACGGUACAAAAGCACACCAGAUGUUGUAGUUUGGGUAGCAAACAGAAACAAUCCCAUCACUAUUUCACAAGGAGUGGUGUUGGCUAUUUCUGGAAAUGGAAGUGUUGUGAUAAGCAGAGGUGGAAGCAUUAUCUGGUCUGGAAAUCCAUCAGGCGUGGCAUCAAAUCCACUUCUACAGCUUCUUGAUACUGGAAACCUGGUUGUUGUAGACGAGACGACGCGGCGCUACAUAUGGCAGAGCUUUGAUUAUCCAGGAGACACAUGGUGGCCAGGAAUGAAACUGGUGGCUGGCGACAUGGAUGGCGGCGGAGAGACAUAUUUGACAUCAUGGAGAAACUCCGACGAUCCUUCGCCUGGCGAUAUUGUUUUCAGGAUCGUAAAUCAGGGCAUGCCGGAGCUGGUGGCUUACAGAGGGGAGAACAAAGUUUUCCGAAGUGGACAGUGGAACGGAAUUCUCUUUAGCAGCUCGCCACCUUCCGGCAACACAGUUUUCAAAGCUAAGUUUGAGUUGAGGGGAGACAGGUUGAUAUCUAUGACUUGGUCUUAUGAAAGCUUCAUUGUCGUGAGGUCGAAGCUAGACGCAUCCGGUGAACUCCAGCGGCUUACUAUGAACUCGCAAGGAGAUAUGUGGACUCACGUCAUGUCAUUUCCACAAGACAAGUGUGGCGAAUAUGGCCAUUGCGGUCCGUAUGCAAUCUGCAGGAUCGAGAAGGUGCAGAGGUGCGAGUGUUUUCCGGGAUUCAAACCCGUGUCCCAGAAUGAUUGGGAGCGUCAAGAUUGGUAUGGUGGGUGCAGGAGAGUUGAGGCGUUGAAUUGCGAGGGCGGGGAUGAUUUUCUGAAAGUUGAAGGAGUGAAAUACCCUGAUAUGCUCAAGUUUUGGAUAAAUACUAGCAUGAGCCUCGGAGAAUGUAAAGCCCAGUGCCUCAAAAACUGCAGCUGCACCGCGGUUGCUAAUCCGUAUGUUACUGAUGGAGGUAGUGGCUGCGUGAUGUGGCUCGGGGAUCUCAUCGACAUCAGACACAUUUCUGACGCUGAUGAAAACCAGAACUUGUAUAUUCGAUUACCAAUUUCAGUACUAGGUGAUACCACCAAGUCAGACAAGAAUGAGGAGAAGAAGAAGAAGAGAAGGAGAAGGCAUACAAAACUAAUAGUGAUAUUACUUACAUGUGGAAUUCUUUUAGCAGGCCUUAUCACGGGAGUAAUACUUUUGAUAACACGACGAAAGAGGACAGCUAACAGUGAAGAUCUGGAAUUACCAUUAUUCAAGUUUGCAACUAUUAUGGCUGCAACUGAAGGUUUUUCGUUGGAUAACUUGAUUGGAGAAGGAGGUUUUGGCCCUGUUUACAAGGGGAACUUGUCUGCGGGAGAAGAAAUUGCCGUUAAAAGAUUGUCAACAACUUCAGAGCAAGGCAUCAAAGAAUUCAAGAAUGAAGUAAUCCUGAUAGCCAAACUUCAGCACAGGAACCUCGUCAAACUUUUGGGAUGCUGCAUUGAAGGAGAGGAAAGAAUACUCAUCUAUGAAUACCUGCAGAAUAAAAGCCUCAACUACUUUGUUUUUGAUCAAAAUGGAAGGACAGUUUUGACAUGGCCUAAACGCUUUGACAUAAUCAUGGGAAUCGCAAGGGGACUGCUGUAUCUCCAUCAGGACUCCAGAUUAAAGAUUAUCCAUAGGGAUCUAAAGACGAGCAAUAUUCUAUUAGAUGGAGAUUUGAAUCCCAAAAUCUCAGACUUCGGGUUAGCAAGAAUUUUUGGAGAGGGACAAUCUGUUGCUACCACAAGAAGAGUUGUUGGGACAUAUGGCUAUAUGGCUCCGGAAUACGCUGUUGAUGGGAAGUAUUCGAUGAAAUCUGACACCUUUGCCUUGGGAGUCAUACUGUUAGAGAUUGUGAGUGGAAAGAAGAACAGAGGCUUCGACCACUGCGAUCACUCUCAUAACCUAUUGGGCCAUGCAUGGUUGCUGUGGAAGGAAAACAACAUUGUGGAGCUAAUGGAUGAAUGCUUGAGUGAUACAUUUAUCGAAUCUCAAGUGAAGAGAUGCAUACACAUGGGGUUAUUGUGUGUUCAAAAAUUUGCAGAAGAUAGGCCAGCCAUAUCAUCUGUGGUUUCCAUGUUAGGAAGUGAUGGAGCAAUAAUACAAGAACCUAAGGAACCUGGAUUUUUCAUCGAAAGGAGUCUGAGUCGGAAUUGCAGAACAAGUACGUGUCAAGAAACACUCACGAUCACUGAGUUGGAAGCCAGAUAAGUUGGUUUCACAUACUUCGAUCUCUUAGCUCCGCUAGAAAAAUAAAAUUGAAGAUAGUCAUCUAAUUAUUUCCAAUUGGACAAUUGUUGUGGAAAUGACAUUCAAAUCUCAUUCUCAUUUUGUUUCCCAUGAAUGUUUUUCAAUGGUCAAAUGAGCUUUUAAUUAAUUUAUUAUAAAAUUUGGUUUA